GACCCGGUUGCUGGGCUGUCGCCACUCCGCUCCACGAAAAGGCUCCGAUGGCGGCGCCUGCGCUGACAGACCCACCUCAGGGCAGUGUGACCUUUGAGGAUGUGGCCGUGUACUUCUCCUGGGAGGAAUGGUGUCUUCUUGAUGAGGUUCAGAUACACCUGUACUUUGAUGUCAUGCUGGAGAACUUUGCACUUGUAUGCAUGCUGGGUUCUUGGCACCUGGUCGAGGAUGAAGAGACACCUUCUGAACAGAGCAUAUCUCCAGAAGGAGUGUCACAGAUCAGGACUCCCAGCGCAGGUUCAUCUCCUGAGAAGGCCCAGCCAUGUAAGAUGUAUGUCCCAGUCUUGAGAGACAUUUUGCACUUGGCUGAAGAGCAAGGAACAAAUAGGGGGCAGAAAGCAUACACAUGUGGGGCAUGUGGAAAAAAGUUCUAUUUCACUGCAAACCUUCAAGAGCACCAGAAGCAGCACAUUAGAGAGAAACCCUUCAGCUGUGAUAUGGGGAGACCCGCAUUUUUCAAAAGCUGCACAAUCCAUGCAACAGGGAAUCUCUCUACCUACCUGGAGAUUGGGAACAACUACAUGGCCAAAAUUGGACUUCAGAAACAGGUCAUUAAUACCAGGAAGAAACUGAACAACAGUAAGGAGUGUGAAGCUGUUUUUGACAGUGGAAAAGGUCAUCACAGCUGGGGAGAGGGCAACAAAUUCUCCAGCCACACAGAAAUAUUUGUUCAGUCUGAGAGAGUCCUCACUUGUGAAAGGUUUUGUGAAUGCAGCAACUGUGGGAGAGCCUACACCCAAAGAAGUAACCAUAGUCAGCACCAGAAAGUUCACACUGGAGAAAGGCCUUAUGAAUGCAGCCAAUGUGGAAAAUUUUUUACCCACAAAUCUAGUUUCCUUACACAUCAGAGAGUUCACAGUGGGGAAAGGCCUUAUGAGUGCAGUGAAUGUGGAAAAUCUUUUACUACUAGGUCUGGCCUCUAUUAUCAUAGGAGAGUUCACACUGGAGAAAGGCCUUAUGAGUGCAGUGAAUGUGGGAAAUCUUUUAGUAGUAGGUCGAUCCUUUGUAAUCAUCAGAGAGUUCACAGUGGAGAAAGGCCUUAUGAGUGCAGUGAAUGUGGAAAAUCUUUUACUACUAGGUCUGGCCUCUAUUAUCAUAGGAGAGUUCACACUGGAGAAAGGCCUUAUGAGUGUAGUGAAUGUGGGAAAUCUUUUAGUAAUAGGUCGAUCCUUUGUAAUCAUCAGAGAGUUCACAGUGGAGAAAAGCCUUUUGAGUGCAGUGAAUGUGGGAGAUUCUUUAGCCGAAACGGAUACCUCAGUGCCCAUAAGAAAAUUCAUACUGGAGAAAAGCCUUAUGAAUGCAAUAAAUGUGGAAAAUCUUUUACUGCUAAGACGAGCCUUCAUUACCAUCAGAGAGUUCACAGUGGAGAAAGGCCUUAUGAGUGCAGUGAAUAUGGGAAAUCUUUUACUACUAGUUCUGGCUUUUAUCAUCAGAGAGUUCACAGUGGAGAAAGGCCUUAUGCGUGCAGUGAAUGUGGGAAGUGUUUUACUGGUAGCUCAAGGCUUCAUCGUCAUCAGAGAGUUCACAGUGGAGAAAGACCUUAUGAGUGCAGUGCAUGUGGGAAAUGUUUUAGUAUUAUAUCUGAUCUUUAUGUUCAUCAGAGAAUUCAGACAAGGGAAAGGCCUUAUAAGUGCAAUGAAUGUGGGAAAUGUUUUACUGAUAGGUCAAGCCUUCGUCAUCAUCAGAGAGUUUACACUGGAGAAAGGCCUUAUGAGUGCACUGAAUGUGGGAAAUCCUUUAGCCAAAGACAGCUCCUCCAUAUCCAUAGGAAAAUCCACACUGGAGAAAAGCCUUGUGAAUGCAAGGAAUGUGAUAAAUCUUAUUGAAAGGUGCCACUUCAUUAAACAUCAGUUCACACUGUUAAAAGGGCCUUAUGAAUAUAGCGAAUAUAGAUGGGACUAAUGUUCAAGGAGUUUGAGAUUGUAACAGCAUGGGAAGAACCCCUGCAGUUACUGUGCAGCAAAUGUACCCUUUCUUGGGACAAACUGCGGCACAGAGAGAAUGUAUCAUCUGUUGUGAACAGCGAUCUGGAUUCAAUGCCAGGUUGCCUGGUUCAGGACAUGGGGAGUCUGGUCACUUCAGUCCUCUUCCCCCCG